ACAAUGCAGACUUCACCGACCAUUCCCGUGCCUGUGCUACGGCCUCCCCGAGGCCCUGAUGGCUUGAGCCGUGGCUUUGCCCCUGAUGGACGUAGGGCUUCCCUGAAGCUGGAGGUUCCUGAAAUCCAGGAAUGUCCAGAAUUCCAGGAACAGCGGGCCCGAGCUGCACUUCGGGAACGCUACCUCCGCAGCCUGCUUGCCAUGGUGGGUAACCAGGUGAGCUUCACAUUGCACGAGGGUGUGCAUGUGGCCGCCCAGUUUGGAGCCACUGACCUGGAUGUGGCCAACUUCUACGUGUCUCAUCUGCAGACUCCCAUAGGUGUGCAGGCUGAGGCACUGCUGCGAUGUAGUGACAUUAUUUCAUACACCUUCAAGCCAUAAGACAUUAUUGUGUUCACUUUUCUACCUUAGACUUAGUCACAGUAUCCCAGCCUUCCAAAUGUUCCUGAGCCAGGAACUCUGGGCCUGUAGAGUUCUGAGCUCCCUUGGAAUUUUGAGUCAAGCUCCAAGCAACUCUGGAUUCUUGAGACCUCUAGUGUCUAGUCAGUAAAAUUCUGCAACACCAGGAUUCUAGAUUCCGUUGAAAGGAAUGCUCUACCUCGCAGAACUCUGAACUCUACAGAAAUACGGGCCUGAUACCAGAUCCUGAAGAUGGAGUUGGGGGGAUUGGGGGAUAAAGGAAGGCACAUUGCAGAGUGGGAAAUUGUUUAUUGAAGAGGUUGCAAAGUUCAGCCACCCUGAAGAUACUCCCCAAUGCUCCCCUUCUGCCAAAGAACCAAUUAUCCCAGGAAAA